AUGAAACCUAGCUCAAAAAUUGCCAAAGAGCAGGCGGAUGCAGGCGUUAAGAGCAACUCUGGUGGGGCGGCUGUGCUGGUGACGGCUCUUUUGUUGGUGUUCACUGAAAAGGUGGUGGUGAAGACAAAAACGGAGUAUGAGCCUGAUCGAAAGAAAGGGAAAUUUCGUUCUCCCAGAAUUGCAGAAUUCACAGUCAGCAUCACUCAAGGCAUCUCAGAACGUUUUAAGGUGACUGCCCUGAUCCUGUUUGCCCUGGCGUUCCUUACCUGCGUUGGGUUCCUGGUGGUCUACAAGGUCUAUAAGUACGACCAAGCCUGCCCAGAAGGUUUCGUCUUCAAGAACAAUCAAUGCAUUCCGGCUGGAUUGGAGAGUUACUAUUCUGAACAAGACUCUAGCGCUCGAGGAAAGUUCUACACGGUGAUCAACCACUACAACCUGGCCAAGCAGACCAUCACCCGGUCAGUUUCUCCAUGGAUGACGGUGCUUUCGGAAGAGAAACUUUCUGAGCAGGAGACGGAGGCAGCUGAGAAAUCUGUUUAGGAGAAUGAGUCUGAUGGAGAAGGGGUCUGGAGGUGAUUUUCAUGGAAUGUCUCAUUGUUAGGAUCACUUAGAGGUUGCUCAUAAUUUAUGGUGUAAUUGCUUUGGUUGCCGACAACUGCUUUGCGAAAGGGAGCAACGAAAAAGAAAGUGGGCCACCAAUGCGGGUCCAGCGCACAUCAGCCUUCCCGUAGAGCUCUAGCACCGAUUUCUCUUUCGGUGGCAUCGAACUUAGGCACAUUCUUGUAAUUCAGACAUCUGGCCAGAGUCACUCAGGCAGGGCCUGUCGGCGUGAGGCAGCCUCCUCUGCUGCGUCCGCCCUGGUGUUUCCCUUCCCUUUAAAUCGGCUCCGAAAUCCAAAUAUUCGCGGGAAAUAAAACUGGCCUGAUUUUGCUCACUACAUCCAUUACCUUCAGGCUUAAUUGCUUCUGUUGUAGCACGAACUUCACUGUUUCCACUACAUUAAAGAAUCUUGUGCAAACGAAAUAGAAAUUAGACAUUCGAGAGCUAUAUGGUUUUAAUGACAGAUUAGGCGUUUCAACUAAAGGGCAAGAAUAUAAAGGACAAACUAUUCUGAGGGUUAGCGGAUAAACAAGAUAGAAACUCCUUAGAUGUAGUCCACAAUGCAAUCUGUGUAACUAGAAAGGACGUAUUUUAUUAGAACGGCCUCUUUCGCAAACCUUAAGCUGGUACAACAGUGCCCUUUGCUGGCAGCAGCGUUUGUCGGCCUGCCCUGAAGAGACAUCGGCUCCCUUGAGCUCGGGGGGGACUCUGGCGUCAGCUGAGGAAGGAAGUGCCUCCAAUGAGGGCAGCAUCCAGGCUGAAAAGGCACGCAGGGAGGGAGGGAGAGGCUGCUUUCUGGACGUAAUAAGCUAAGCACGCACAAGGCCAGGUACACACUUAUUACGCUUGUCCGACUCCUAAAUUAUGAAAUUUAUGAUGUUCGAAUGCUUCUCUGCAGUCAUUGUCGAUUCCUUCCCAGAGAGUUUGGGAAGGCUGCCAGAGCCCCUGCAGCAUAAGCGUCCGAGGGCACCAGCCCGCUAGGACGACACGCGUCAAUCUGACCAGCUUCCCCACCGCUAAGCACUGUAGGGAUAGAACAGCGGCUUAUUUUAAUCUGCGAAUCUUCCCCUAGGAUGGGAGAUGGCUGGAAAAACAGGGCCCCGCACUAGGAAGACCCUCCGUCAGAUUCUGGCGUUGGCUUGUCUGCUGUUCUUCAAAUUACAGGUUGUAGUUAAAAACUGCUGUCCUUUUUGUUCUUCUGAAUGUGUUAUUUCCCAGUGGAAUGUCAAAAGUUUCAUCAAUUUUACCGAAACACACUUUAAAAUAAUCAAAAUAUCUUUUUUCCCCCUGUACUUGUAGUAAGGCAAACAUGGUUCUAGGUUAUAUUUCCUUCCAGAACUUUUCUUCAUCAAUCUACUUGGAAAUGCCAUUUAUGGUUUCAUUGAAAGUUUUAAUAUUAAAUAUAGUCACAUAUUGUACAAUUUUUGGUAUAUAAUCGCUGCUGUGUGGAAUACAUAAAAAGCAAUAACUUAUGUGCCAAAUCCUUUGUUUGCAUCGAGUUCUCUCUUGUACACACAAUAUACCAUGUUUGUAUUCCCUAGUAGUCAGUACUUUUACUGAAUCCACAUGUAACUUUUGACAUUUUCACUCUGUGUAAAAUAAAAUAGUAUGCUCAAACUCCGUAUGUUUAAAUAGAUGUUUGCUGCAGUGAAGGGGAAAAGGAAGGAUUCCGAUCACCCUACUUGCAAUAAAACCCUCUUCUAAAA